CUAACAACCGAGUCAUCUCUCUUUCAAUAUUCCCAGAAUCUUUCACUUUCUCUCUCUACAAUUUAUAUUUAUUUGAAUUUGAGUCAGUCACCACCUCCAGAAACAUCUUCCUCCCCCAUCUCUCUUUACACUGAUCAACAUCAUCAUUCAUCAAUUCCGAAAACAGAACAGAAGAAGUGAUAGAUCGAUGGCGGGGAAUGAUUGGAUAAACAGCUACUUGGAAGCGAUCCUAGAUGUUGGCCCCGGGAUCGACGAAGCGAAGUCGUCUCUGCUGCUGCGGGAGAGGGGGAGGUUCAGCCCUACCAGAUACUUCGUCGAGGAGGUCAUUACCGGAUUCGAUGAGACCGACUUCCACCGCACAUGGCUCCGAGCGCAGGCGACGCGGAGUCCGCAGGAGAGGAAUACGAGGCUCGAGAACAUGUGCUGGCGGAUUUGGAAUUUGGCUCGCCAGAAAAAGCAGCUCGAAGGGGAGGAGGCACAGAGAAGGAACAAACGGCGGCUUGAGCGAGAACGAGGUCGGAGAGAAGCAGUUGCUGAUAUGUCUGAGGACCUAUCUGAGGGAGAGAAAGGGGAUGUAGUUAGUGACCUUUCAUCUCAUGGUGAAACCAAUAAAGCCCGGCUGCCUAGAAUCAGUUCAGUUGAAACCAUGGAGGCCUGGGCUAGUCAACAGAAGGGGAAAAAGUUAUACAUUGUUUUGAUUAGCCUUCAUGGCUUGAUACGUGGUGAAAACAUGGAGCUUGGCCGUGAUUCUGAUACUGGUGGCCAGGUAAAGUAUGUUGUUGAACUGGCAAGAGCUCUAGGUUCAAUGCCAGGUGUAUAUCGCGUUGAUCUACUAACUAGACAAUUAUCAUCACCUGAAGUAGACUGGAGUUACGGUGAACCCACGGAGAUGCUGCCACCACGAAAUUCUGAGGGUUUGAUGGAUGAGAUGGGAGAGAGUAGUGGUGCUUAUAUAGUUCGCGUCCCUUUUGGGCCAAAAGAUAAAUAUAUACAAAAAGAGCUACUAUGGCCAUACAUCCCUGAAUUUGUAGAUGGUGCUCUUAACCAUAUUAUUCAGAUGUCAAAAGUUCUCGGUGAACAAAUUGGAAAUGGACAUCCAGUUUGGCCUGUAGCUAUCCAUGGUCACUAUGCAGAUGCAGGUGACUCUGCUGCCCUUUUGUCUGGUGCCCUGAAUGUUCCCAUGCUUUUUACUGGUCAUUCAUUAGGCCGUGAUAAACUGGAACAACUUCUGAGACAAGGCCGACUAUCGAGGGAUGAGAUCAAUUCUACUUAUAAAAUUAUGCGAAGAAUAGAGGCAGAAGAGUUAUCCCUCGAUGCCUCUGAAAUAGUUAUUACUAGCACCAGACAGGAGAUAGAGGAGCAGUGGCGAUUAUAUGAUGGUUUUGACCCCAUAUUAGAGCGUAAGUUACGAGCCAGGAUUAAGCGCAAUGUGAACUGCUAUGGAAGGUUCAUGCCUCGCAUGGUUGUAAUCCCACCUGGAAUGGAAUUUCAUCACAUUAUUCCACAUGAUGGAGACAUGGAUGCGGAACCUGAACCAGACGAAGAUGGAAAGUCUCCGGAUCCACCAAUCUGGACUGAGAUAAUGCGUUUCUUUUCAAACCCAAGGAAGCCUAUGAUUCUUGCACUUGCCAGGCCAGAUCCAAAGAAAAAUCUGACAACCUUAGUGAAAGCAUUUGGGGAGUGCAGACCUUUAAGGGAGCUUGCUAAUCUUACCUUAAUAAUGGGAAGUCGUGAUAAUAUUGAUGAAAUGCCAGGCCCAAAUGCUUCUGUUCUUCUGUCAAUUCUUAAGCUGAUUGAUAAGUACGAUCUCUAUGGGCAAGUAGCAUAUCCUAAACACCACAAGCAGUCAGAUGUUGCUGACAUAUAUCGUCUAGCAGCAAAGACCAAGGGGGUUUUCAUAAAUCCGGCUUUUAUCGAACCUUUUGGCCUUACACUGAUUGAGGCUGCAGCACAUGGUUUACCUAUUGUUGCAACAAAAAAUGGUGGCCCUGUUGACAUAGAUAGGGUACUGGACAACAGUAUCCUUGUUGAUCCCCAUGAUCAGCAAGCUAUAGCCGAUGCUCUUUUGAAGCUGGUUGCUGAUAAGCAUCUCUGGGCUAAAUGUCGAGCAAAUGGGUUGAAGAAUAUUCAUCUUUUCUCAUGGCCUGAACAUUGUAAAACGUAUCUCUCCAAAAUCGCAAGUUGCAAACCAAGGAAACCUCGCUGGCUGCAGAACAAAAAUGACGGCAGUGAUGAUGAAAGUUCUGAGUCAGAUUCACCGAGUGACUCGUUGAGGGACAUACAUGACAUAUCAUUGAACUUAAAAUUCUCAUUUGAUGGAAGUAAGGACAUCCGAGAAAAUAUUGAUGGUUCCUUAGACUCCGGAGAUCAAAGAAGCAAGAUAGAAAAUGCUAUGCAAGCAUGGUCGAAGGGUAUGGCAAAGAGUGCUCAGAAAUCUGGUUCUACUUCUGAAAAAGGAGAUCAGAAGUUCCCUGCACUUAGGAGGAGGAAACACAUUAUUGUGAUUGCUGUGGACUCUGAUGCAAGUUCUGGUUUUGCUGAAACAGUUAGGAAGAUCUUUGAGGUCUUAGAGACAGAAAGGACCGAAGGCUCAGUGGGGUUUAUAUUAGCAACAUCACUCAACAUUAGAGAAAUACGUGCCUUUCUGGAAUCCGAAGGACUGAAACCUACUGACUUUGACUCAUUCAUUUGCAACAGUGGUGGUGAUCUUUACUAUUCAUCUCUUCAUUCAGAAGACAGCCCGUUUGUUGUUGACUUAUAUUAUCAUUCACAUAUUGAGUACCGCUGGGGCGGUGAGGGUUUGAGAAAGACAUUAGUACGUUGGGCAGCUUCUAUAACCGAUAAAAAAGGAGAGAAGGAAGAACACAUUGUUGUUGAAGAUGAAGAAACUUCAGCUGACUACUGCUACUCAUUUAAAGUUCAGAAACCUGGAGUGAUCCCUCCUGUGAGGGAGGUGAGAAAGCUGAUGAGAAUCCAGGCAUUACGCUGUAAUGUUAUCUAUUGUCAAAAUGGAAGCAAGAUAAACGUAGUCCCGGUCCUGGCGUCUCGUUCCCAAGCUCUAAGGUAUUUGUAUCUCCGGUGGGGUAUGGACUUGUCGAAAGUGGUGGUCUUUGUUGGGGAAAGUGGAGACACUGACUAUGAAGGCUUGCUCGGCGGCAUCCACAAGUCUGUCGUAUUGAGUGGCGUCUGCAGCAGCGCUAGUAGCCUCCAUGCCAAUCGGAGCUACCCGCUUGCUGACGUUAUAUGCAAUGACAGCCCCAAUAUCGUCCGGACUUCCCAAGGAUGCAGCAGCUCAGAUCUCCGUGCUCAAAUGGAAGAACUAGGGCUCCUCAAGGGUUAGCUUCCUUUUCCAUUGUAUAACCUUUAAGUUCAUGCACUGUAAUACCAUAUGUUGUGUAUGGGUUUGUUCCUUAUGUAUUUGAUUACUUUUAUGUAAAAAAUUUUGGAUGCUCUGAUCAAAUUAAAAUAAAAGUUUAUGAUUUUUC